CAACAACAACAACAACAACUGCAACCGGAAGCAUUAUAUUCAUAUCCGAUAGACAAUCAUCAUCAUCAUCAUCAUCAUCAUCAUCAUAAUCAUCGACAUCAAUCAUUACAACAGGAACAUUAUUAUCAAUCAUUCGAUAAUAAUAAUGAUAAUGAUAAUGGACAGAAUGAAAUACUUGAUGGAUGGUUAGCUAUCGGUAAUUGUCGUGGAGUUGUCGGUGUUAGCUAUACAACAAUCGAUUCAUUAAAAAUACAGAAUUUUAAAAGACAAAUCAAUAAUAAUAAUAACAACGAUGAUGAUGAGGAUAAUCAAAAUAAUUUUAUGACAUUGAAUCAAUCAAAUAAUCAGCAUCAAAAUCAAAAUCAAUCAUCAUCAUCGACAACAGCAGCAGCAGCAGCAAUAAUACCACAACGAACAAAUUUUAAUUUACGUGGUCAUCGUUCGGAAAUAAUAUUUGUACGUUGGAAUGAACCGUAUCAAAAAUUAGCCAGCUGUGAUCGUAAUGGUGUUAUAUUCGUAUGGAUCAAAUAUGAAGGUCGUUGGUCAAUUGAAUUGAUAAAUGAUCGCAAUACAAGGGUUACGGAUUUUGCUUGGAGUCAUGAUGGUCGUAUGGCAUUGAUUUGUUAUAUGGAUGGUUUCGUGCUGGUUGGUUCAGUAUCAGGUCAACGUUAUUGGUCAUCGAUGCUCAAUUUAAAUGGUUGUUCAAUUACAUGCGGUACAUGGACCGCUAAUAAUCAACAUGUUUUAUUCGGUACAUCGAAUGGUCAUAUAUUAGUAAUCUCUGUACAUGGUGUAUUUAUAACACAAAUAAGUGUACAAGAAGGCGUUGAAAUAGCAAGUAUGAUGUGGUCAUGUCAAAAAUUUCAAUCAUCAUCAUCAUCAUCAUCAACAACAACAACAACAAAACAAUCAAAUACAAAUGAACAAACGUCAACAACGACGACUACAUCGACAGAACAACCGCAGCAGCAGCAGCAGCAGCAAUCGAAUCAUAUGUUAGCAAUUAGUUUUGUUGAUGGUACAAUUUAUUUGAUGCAUAAUUAUGAUGAAGUUUUUCCAAUAAUAAUUGAAACAUCAUUGAUUAAUAUUAAAAUGGAAUGGUCAAUGAAUGGUGAAUUAUUGGCCAUUGGUGGACAUCGUAUAAUACGAUCAUCAUCAUCACAAUCACAAUCAUCAUCAUCAUCGUCAUCAACAUUGAAAAAUGGUUUCUAUAUGUAUCAAAAUAUAAUCAAUAUCUAUCGGUUUGAUGGAACAUUAAUCCGCCAAUGUCAAUUAGAUUUUAAUUAUCAACCAUUAUCGGCAUUAACAUGGGCCUGUAAUGAUCGUCGUUUAUUUAUUGCAUGUGGACAAUUAUUAUUUGUUGCAUGGAUUAUACAUGGGAUACCAAGUCUUUCAUUUAUUUCUGCAUUACAAGUUUAUAAUAGAAUAAAAAAUGAAAUCGAUAUAACCAGAUUACAAGUGCCAAUACCGGUCAAAUUAUUAUUAAAUGAAUUAUUUACGCCAACAGUACAUUGUUAUUUGCCGGAUUAUCACGAAAUUGGUAGAUUUGUGUUUCGUCCACCAGCAAAUAAUAUCCGUUUACAUUGUACAUUAAUGCGGCAUGAUGAAACAACAACAAUAACGAAUAAUUCUCAAAUCUAUAUAUUAUAUUUAGAAUAUUUAGGUGGCCUUGUACCAAUAUUGAAAGGAAAACGUUCAUCAAAAAUUAAACCAGAAUUCAUUAUAUUUGAUCCACAACGUAAUGUUUAUUUACCAUCCACAUCAUCCGAAUCUACAGAAUCAGCAACCAAUUUUAUAAAUGAAAAUCAAAAUAAUUUUAAUUCACAAAAAAUUUCCACCACCACCACCAGCAGCACUACAUCCGAUAUAAAUCAUGUAGUCAAUGGUAAUGGUGGUCGUAUUAAACAUUUUUUACAAAAUUCUGUUUGGACAAGUGCAAAUAAUAAUAGAAAUUUAAGUUCAGUUACUUAUCGUACAAGUUUAUUGCAUUUACAGCCAAGACAAAUGUCAUUGGUGAUCAAAGAAUUGAACGAUAAAAAUACAUUGAUCAAUGAUCAUCAAAAUUUUAGUUAUAAACAACGUAAAAAUAUUGAACAACAACAACGACAACAGCAAUCAAUUAAUGAUUAUCGGUCCGAUUAUGAAUACAAUAAUAAUAACGGUGGUGGUUAUAUAAGUAGUAGCAUGAAUCACAAAAAUUAA